UGGGCGCUGUCCCGGCUGCGAGGGCUGCGAGGGCUGCGAGCGCACCGACAGACAGACGGACCGACGGACUGGCAGUCCGCCGGACAGACGGGGCAGCGCAGGGAGCCGGGACGCGGCGGGACAGCGACAUGACCGGCCAUAUACAACAGCCAAGCGGGCGCGGGAACCCCGGUCCUGCGCCCUCGCCUUCCCCCGGCCCCGGCCCCGGCCCUGGCGCCUCGGAGAGGGUAGCGCUCAAGAAGGAGAUCGGACUGGUGAGCGCCUGUACCAUCAUCGUCGGGAACAUCAUUGGCUCGGGCAUCUUCAUCUCACCCAAGGGUGUCCUUGAGCACUCAGGCUCCGUGGGUCUGGCCCUCUUCGUCUGGGUCCUGGGUGGGGGCGUGACAGCUCUGGGCUCUCUCUGCUAUGCAGAGCUGGGAGUUGCCAUCCCCAAGUCCGGCGGGGACUACGCCUACGUCACAGAGAUCUUCGGGGGCCUGGCUGGAUUCCUGCUGCUCUGGAGUGCUGUCCUCAUCAUGUACCCCACCAGCCUGGCUGUCAUCUCCAUGACCUUCUCCAACUACGUGCUGCAACCUGUGUUCCCCAACUGCAUCCCCCCAACUGCUGCCUCCCGUGUGCUCUCCAUGGCCUGCCUGAGGCUGCUGCCUGGGCUGGACUUGCCUGUGGUCCACACUGAGCCACAGGUGCCCCCGCUUCCCUCCCCAGUGCUCCUGACGUGGGUGAAUGGCUCCAGUGUGCGCUGGGCCACACGCAUCCAGGACAUCUUCACGGGUGGAAAACUGCUGGCCCUGUCACUCAUCAUUGGCGUUGGCUUUGUCCAGAUCUUCCAAGGACAUUUCGAGGAACUGAGGCCCAGCAAUGCCUUCACCUUCUGGAUGACACCCUCCGUGGGUCACCUGGCCCUGGCCUUCCUCCAGGGCUCCUUUGCCUUCAGUGGCUGGAACUUCCUCAACUAUGUCACCGAGGAGCUGGUUGACCCUCGAAAGAACCUACCUCGUGCCAUCUUCAUCUCUAUCCCCCUGGUGACCUUCGUGUACACGUUCACCAAUGUGGCCUACUUCACUGCCAUGUCACCCCAGGAGCUGCUGUCUUCCAACGCAGUGGCCGUGACCUUCGGGGAGAAGCUGCUGGGCUACUUUUCAUGGGUCAUGCCCGUCUCCGUGGCACUUUCCACUUUUGGAGGGAUCAAUGGCUACCUGUUCACCUCCUCCAGGCUGUGCUUCUCUGGAGCCCGAGAGGGGCACUUGCCCAGCCUGCUAGCAAUGAUCCAUGUCAGACACUGCACCCCUAUCCCUGCCCUCCUUGUCUGUUGCGGGGCCACGGCGGUGAUCAUGCUCGUAGGAGAUACGUACACGCUCAUCAACUACGUGUCCUUCAUCAACUACCUCUGCUAUGGCGUCACCAUCCUGGGCCUGCUCAUCCUGCGCUGGAGGCGGCCGGCACUCCACAGGCCCAUCAAGGUGAACCUGCUUGUCCCAGUUGCGUACUUGGUAUUCUGGGCAUUCCUGCUGGUCUUCAGCUUCAUCUCAGAGCCCAUGGUCUGUGGGGUUGGCAUCAUCAUCAUCCUCACAGGGGUGCCCAUUUUCUUCCUGGGAGUGUUCUGGAGAAGGAAACCAAAGUGUGUACACAGACUCACAGAGUCCAUGACACGCUGGGGCCAGGAGCUGUGUUUCGUGGUUUACCCCCAGAGCUCCCCCGAGGAGGAGGAAAAUGGCCCCUGCCAGCCCUUCCCACUGCCGGCCACAGACAAGCCCUUAAAGACACAAUGAGACAUUUGUAGAGACUGAAGCAGCUGUUUCUGUUUACAUGUUGUUUAUUGAGGAGGUGUUUUUGCAAAAACUUUUUUUUUUCUGGAAAGAAGAGAUAUGACUCUUAGAGGCCUGUCGUAAGGAAGCCCAGACAAUGUGGAUGGGGUUUCCUUUCUUAGCACUGCCCUGCUAGCUUUUUCUGAAAAGAUCUACAAAUAAACAGGGCUGGUUGUUCGCUUGUG